AUGAAAACUGGGAUUAAAGUUAUUUUAUUAUUUCUGGUAAUAUUUACUAAUUCUAUCUUUGGAAAUUAUUUUUCAACUGGAAGAAAAGUUGAUAUUCAUGCUGAUAUUGAAACUCUUCAAUUUAUUCAUGCUAUAUGGAGACAUGGAGAUAGAACACCAGCUGCUUUAAUACCAACAGAUAUUAAUAAUACUGAAUCUACUUGGAAGAUUGGUUUAGGUGAAUUGACAAAAAAAGGUAUGAAACAACAAUAUAAAUUAGGUCAAUGGAUUCAUAGAAGAUAUGAUGGAUUUUUAAGUCAAGAAUAUAGUCCUUUUGAAAUUUAUGUUCGAUCUUCGGAUUAUAAUAGAACUUUAAUGUCAGCUCAGGCAAAUAUGGCUGGACUUUAUUUACCAUCAAAUGAUUCUCAAUUUCUUCCUGGUUUGUCAUGGACUCCAAUUCCUAUACAUACAGUUCCUAAAGAUGAUGAUAUUCAGUUAUAUGAUGACGUUUAUUGUCCUGCUGUAAAAGAAGAAACAGAAAAUGUUUACAAAAAUAAUCCUGAACUUAAAAAAAUAGAAGAUGAAAAUAAAGAUUUUUUAACUUUUAUUGGUAAUGUAACAGGAUUAUCAAAAGGACCACUUCCAAUUAAAAAUAUUUGGUUGGUAUUUGAUCCAUUAAAUGCUGAACAUCACCAUAGAGAUGAACAUGUAUUACCAUCAUGGGUUAAUGAAACAGUAAUGCAUAAAAUUAUCCAAUUAUAUGAUAUUUCAUCAAAAUAUAUAUAUCAUACAGAUAUGUUGAGACGCCUUAAGGCUGGACCAUUAUUUCGUGAAAUUAUGAAACGUUUAAAUAAAAAAAUUAAUGGACAAUUAGAUUCAAGAGAAAAGUUAUAUGCUUAUUCAGCUCAUGAUACCUCUGUCUCAGCAAUUUUAUCAGCUUUUGGAAUCACUCCCGAUGUUUUUCCAUUAUAUGCUAGUUUAGUUUUAAUUGAACUUCAUAAAAUAGAAAGUGAAUAUAUUGUAAAGAUAUUUUAUAAAAAUGUUACUGAUCAUGAUGAUGUAUAUGAAUAUGAUAUUGAUGGGUGUCCUUCACCAUGUUCUUAUAAACAAUUAUUUGAAGCAAAGAAACAAUAUAUACCAAAAAAAUGGAAAGAAGAAUGUGGAAUAGUUAAAUGGUAUCAAUGGGAUCCAGCAACAUAUAUUGCUCUCCUAGCAAUGGUAGGAUUUUGUGCAUUGUUCUUUGCUUCCUUAAUUGGUAUUGAAUAUUUAUUAAGAUGGUUAAAGAAAAGAAAUAGAAAUAUUGCUGAAAAUACUGAGUACCAUGCAGAGAAUGAAGAUUCACAACCAUUAAUUAAUUCUGAAGAACCUUAG